AUGGGUCAACCACGUGGAGCAGUUAAAAUCAGGAAUGGAAAAUCCCGAAAUAGAAAGAAGGCUAGCGCAAGGCAAAGGCGAUCAUUCCCAACGACGACGUUUAUGAUGCUUCCUGAUGAUUUGGUAUUAAACUGCUUAGCCCGAGUAUCAAGAUUGUGCAACCGUAACCUAUCCUUAGCUUGCAAAAGAUUCAGGUCUCUCCUUGUUUCAACGGAGCUUUACCAAACUCGAGCCCUCUUAGGCUGCACAGAGACUUGUCUCUAUGUAUGCUUUAACCUCCCUAACUAUUACAGGUACAGCCGUCAAAAGUUGGUCACUCUUUGCCGGAGACCAAAUAGUUAUCGUUCUAGGAAAUUUUUGCUCCCGAUUACAUGUCCCUAUCGUCCUCGUACGUACGGGUCGGAUUUCGCAAGAGUUGGUUCUAAAAUAUAUUCCAUUGGUGGACGACGCAUAACUGGCGGUGAAGCAUCUUCUAGCGUCAUGGUCAUGGACUGUCGUUCUCACACGUGGAGUGAUGCCCCGAGCAUGCUAGUCGCACGUGCGACCCCUUCUGCUUGCGUUCUUGAUGGAAAAAUCUAUGUAACCGGAGGCUGCGAAAAUCUCCAUGCAACUAACUGGAUGGAGAAAGUAUGUAGCGGUUUUAGGCAUCAAAGGAUUCAAGCCCUAGGGUAUGAUGGAAACGUGUACGUCAAGUUUUCUGAGGAACGUGAAGUGAGUUUUUACAAGAUGGAGAAACGGAGAUGGAGAGCGGCAGACUUAGGUAUGGCUAAGGGAUUGCGUCCCUCAUCAUCUCUUUGUGUGAUAGAGAACGUCUUGUAUAGCUGUACCCGCGGGAGGAUCAGCUGGUACGACUCUCAGGCUAAACUUUGGAAACCAUUGGAGGGUGAUCUGAGAAAAUUGUAUGAUUUUGGUAGGGAUGUUACUCAAGUGGCAGAUUAUGGUGGAAAGUUGGCGGUUUUGUGGGCUGACUAUACAACAGUUUGGUAUUUGGUAAUUGCGCUUGAGAAACGCCAAGGAGGAAUGAUUUGGGGGACAAUUGAGUGGGUUGACGCUGUGUGUGCAUUCCUUGACAGUAAAGUAGCCCAUCUUGUUGCUGAUACACUCUAA